CAAAGAAGAGUUAGCCGGACAUUUUCCUUCCAAGGCAGCCGUAAACCUUAUCCAACUGAGGGGUUUAGAAUCAAAUUUAGAUUCGAAACUUUACUAUUCGACUCGAACCGCUCGCAUUCGCUCUACUCCUCACAAAAUAUUCUACUAAAAAACGCAGCUAUGAAUAGCUUAACAACGAGCUCAACAAGUCGAGUUCUAGCAACUUUGAAUCGAUUCCCAGAACGGAUUCGCUUGUGUGAGAAAUCCUGGGGAGUUAAUCCCAGCCUUCGACCUAUGCAUAUACAUAGAGCUCGAAGAUUCGUUUGCAUGGCGGAGCCCUAUCUGAUAACGAAACUGAAAUCUGCAGAGAAUACUUGGAAAGAGUUAUCGGUUAAGUUGGCUGAUCCUGAUGUUGUCUCAAAUCCCAGUGAAUACCAAAAGCUGGCACAAUCUAUGGCUGAGCUGGACGAGGUUGUGUCAACCUUUAAGAGAUUCAAGGACUGUGAGAAGCAAUUAGAAGAGACGAAAGCUUUAGCAAAAGAUGAUGGCAGUGAUCAGGAUAUGGCAGAGAUGAUUGCUUCUGAAAUUGACUCUUUAUCUAAUCAACUCAGAGAGCUUGAGGAGAAACUUAAGGUGCUUCUGCUACCCACUGAUCCUCUGGAUGCAAGAAAUAUAAUGCUUGAAGUAAGGGCAGGUACUGGUGGUGAUGAGGCCGGACUAUGGGCUGGUGAUCUUGUCCGUAUGUAUCAGAGGUACAGUGAGCGAAAUUCUUGGAAGUACACUCCCUUAUCAAGCUCUGAGACUGAAAAGAAGGGAGGAUUUAAAACAUAUGUGAUGGAGAUCAAAGGGAAUCGUGUCUACAGCAAAUUGAAGUAUGAGUCUGGUGUUCAUCGGGUUCAACGUGUUCCUCAGACAGAAGCACAGGGUCGUGUGCAUACUUCUACUGCAACAGUAGCCAUAAUGCCAGAGGCAGAUGAAGUUGAGGUUGUAAUCGACCCCAAAGAUAUUGAACUGACAACGGCAAGGUCUGGGGGUGCAGGAGGUCAGAAUGUCAACAAGGUGGAGACAGCUGUUGAUCUUGUCCACAAACCAACUGGAAUCCGCAUCUUUUGUACUGAAGAAAGGACUCAACUCCGGAACAAGGAUCGAGCUUUUCAGCUAUUGCGAGCUAAACUGUAUGAGAUAAAAGUAAGAGAGCAGCAAGAGAUGAUAAGCAGUCAACGAAAAUCACAGGUUGGUACAGGUGCUCGUGCAGAAAAGAUUCGGACAUACAACUACAAGGACAAUAGGGUUACCGAUCAUCGCUUAAAGAUGAACUUUGAGCUCACCUCUUUCCUUGAUGGUGAUAUCGAAACUGCAGUCCAGGCUUGUGCUACUACGGAGCAAAAGGAACUGCUAGAGGGACUUGUGGAGUCCGCAGUCGCUCCAACUGGCUGAUCUCUAGCAUUUUCCAGCAAUUUGGUUAGAGAAUUCAGGUGAUUGGACAAGAUCAAGAUACGCAAGGAAAACCUUAAAAUGAGUUGCUCUUGAGCAAUUGAAAGGAAACAAUAUCUGCCCCAAAGAAGCUGUUGUACUUCUUGAUAUAUUCUUUUCACGAGGACAUUCGCACUUAAUUGGCUGAUGUUGUCCCAAUGAUAAGACCUUUUUUUUCUCUCUUUAUAUAUGUAAUGUACAUAAUGAAUUACAAGGUAAAUGGUUUUUUGACGCUUUUAUAGGGCUCACCCUUUAAAACA